AUGAUCAAAGCUAAACACGAUGCAUCUUCUUCUCCUCCUCCUCUUAUUGAUGAGAAGCCUAAUAGUGUGACAUCUCCGAAAUCAGCUCUGGGAAGAUUACGUCGCAAACUGUCUUCGAGAAAGAGUACUGAAAAGCAGCGUUCUCUUUCGGGUUCUGAUUCGGAGAUGAUGAGCAAAUUCUGCAGCGAGCUCCAAAGGGUGUUCGAUUACUUGGACGUGGAUGGAGAUGGUAAAAUAUCUCCUGCCGAGUUGCAAGGCUGCGUGACCACAGUGGGGGGCACUGUGUCCGUGGAUGAGGCGGAAGAAACCGUGAAGUCGUGUGACUUGAAUGGGGAUGGGCUGCUGGACUUCGAGGAAUUCCAAAAGCUAAUGGAGACAAGCGGGGAAGAGGAAGAGAAUGACACGCUCAAAGAGGCUUUUGCUAUGUAUGAGAUGGAGGGGACCGGUUGCAUCACCCCCACAAGCAUGAAGAGAAUGCUGAGUCAACUCGGCGAUUCCAAGUCCGUUGAGGAUUGUAAAGCUAUGAUCCGAAAGUUUAAUCUCAAUGGAGAUGGAGUUCUCAGCUUUGAACAGUUCAGAAUUAUGAUGCAUUGA